AAACGCUCAAAGUCUUGGAAUUCCCGUCUGCCCUCUCCCAUGGGCUCUCCAUAGCCCAAUUACCCGAUUAGGCUGGAGCUAAUUUCGGAGGGAAUUGGAUUGCAAAUGGUGCCUGUCCACAGGUCAAAAGAGCACGGUGGAAGUGCUCUUAACGACUGGUCCCUCUCCCACCAACCCCAGCAGCUAUUUGUCUUCACGGAUUUGUGGCGUCUUUCUCUCCCACCAAAAACUGAAAAGUAAGUUGAGUAGACCGGCGGCUUCUGAAAAAACAUGGGUGUGGCGGCGAAAAUAGCACCGUCGAUGCUGUCGUCGGACUUCGCUAAUUUGGCAUCAGAGGCCGAGCGCAUGCUCAAAUGCGGCGCCGAUUGGCUCCACAUGGACAUCAUGGAUGGGCACUUUGUCCCGAAUUUAACACUCGGUGCUCCGGUCAUUCAGAGUUUGAGAAAGCACACAAAGGCGUAUCUUGAUUGUCACCUAAUGGUCACAAAUCCUCUUGAUUAUGUCGAACCUAUGGGAAAAGCCGGUGCUUCAGGUUUUACAUUUCAUGUUGAAGUAUCGAAAGACAAUUGGCAAGAACUUGUUCAAAGAAUUAAGUCCAAGGGCAUGACGCCAGGUGUGGCAUUAAAGCCCGGAACGCCAAUUGAAGAAGUUUAUCCUCUGAUUGAAGGUGAAAAUCAUGUGGAAAUGGUCCUUGUUAUGACCGUAGAACCUGGGUUCGGUGGUCAAAAGUUCAUGCCGGAAAUGAUGGAGAAGGUGCGCACACUGAGACAAAGGUACCCUUCACUAGCUAUAGAGGUAGAUGGUGGCUUAGGGCCUUCGACGAUUGAUAUGGCAGCUUCAGCCGGAGCCAACUGCAUAGUUGCAGGAAGCUCUGUGUUCGGAGCCCCUGAGCCUGCUACAGUAAUAUCCCUUUUGAGAAGUAGCGUUGAAGGAGUUCAACAAAAAAGUUGAUACUGGGAUUUCCCACUUUCUGCGUAAAUACGAAUGCUGAUUUUGGUGUUGCAAAUCAUCAUGGUUUUAUCUUUUGAGAUCAGCUGUGGGGGGAGAGAGAACAGAAUCCCACGUGCUCGGAAAUUAUUCGUCUUAGUAGUCAGUUAUCGAAUGGGGUAUAAGGUGAAUUUGGCCUUACUAUGGCCGCCCUGUAAAUAGACGUACAUGAGACAAGGAUGUCGCUGAGGCGGUAUCUCACUCACUGUAUUCUGUUUGUACUUUUUUACAUGGCGAUAUGUAAUUGAUUUGGGAUACUAACUCGGUAGCAUUUCUGUGCAUGAAAAGUUCUCCCUAUGAGGGAAAAUCUU